UUUAUGACUAAGUCAAAAUUUGUUAUUGUUUGACAAAGUUUCAACUCCAUUAGAAAAUAGAUUUAAAUGGUUCAUAUAGUUGUAUAUAUAUUAUUAACAUAGGCAAAUGAAAAUCCCAUUGAACCAAAAUAUUUUUGGGGGGUGUAGAGUAGGUUGAAGGAGGUUAGGGUUAAGGAAGAGACAGCGAGAAUUGAGUCUAGUUUUUUCACGGAAAAAGUGAUACAUUCUUACAAUCGAAAUUAGACUUAAUUCUUCACUUAAUUGAACUUAUUCCUUCUUAUAAGCUACAAUAAAAUGUCAAGUUUGCCUUCUUUUGCAGCAUUCAAAUAUGAGAGUGCAGAUAAUUUAUUGGGUUAUGUAACAGAAGGUGAUGGAAAAGGUUAUCUUGGAUUCUAUUCGGAAAUAAUAUUUAAUUCAAGAGUUAAAUUUGCUAUCGAAAAUGCACCUGAUGGACUUGUGCACAUAAGGUGUUGUUACAACAAUAAAUAUUGGACUAGGGCAUCGGCAACGGAAGACUACAUUACUCCCUCAGAAAGUGAAGCAAUUGAAGACAAAAACAAAUGGAAUUGUACAUUAUUUAAACCAGUUAUGAUCCAAGACUCCAUUCUUAGUGUGAAUUUUAUCCACAAUCAAACUGGUCGUUUUAUUGCCACAACAAUUUUAAAGACAGACGCAUGCGUCCUUCAUUUAGGACCAUCUCAUUUUGACAAUGGGCAUGAUCAUAUACGUUUUCAAGUUUUCGACUAUGGUUCACUGGUGAAACUACCACAAUAUGUAGCAUUUAAGGGUGACAAUGGAAAAUUUCUUAUUACCGAUUAUUUGAACCGCAUUAGUUAUGAUCACAAAUUUUCUGGUAAAUGCCUCUCAGACAAACGUACAAAGCAUGAAAUCUUCUCCACCAUAGAGGGUCAUAUUCUUGUAAAAAACGUCGAUGCUAAUAAGUUUUGGAGGUUCAGAAGGUUGGCUACAAAGAUAAUUGCCCCCGAUGGUACUUCUCGUCGUGAUAAGGCUUCUAAGGUUGAGGUAAUUCAACUUAGCGAACCAAAUGUGGUUUCUCUUCGUAUCCCAAGUGACAAAGUAUUUCUUGGUAGAAGGUUUGACGUCACGAACCUUCGACAUGCCUUGCUCCCUGUGGGAACUACUGUAACACCUGAAACACGAUUUGAGGUGGUUGAGCCCAUCCUCAACAGGCGAGUUGAUCAUGUCAAGUUUCGGCUUGAACAUUCUAGAAUAUAUGAAAAAACACCUGAAACUGUGCACAAGGCAGAAAUCCCAAAUGAUACCCAUCUAGAACACCAGCAUAGUAUAGAGAUUUCUUAUACUAAAACUAAGACUUCUUCCUGGAAUAAUGGUGUUAUCUUGACAUCUAGUGUCAAAACCACUUUUCAGACAUCAACUGCAUGUAUUGUUGAUGGUCAGGUUGAAAUUUCUGCUCAGAUUUCGGCAGAAUUGAAGUGGGGAGAAUGUAUACAAAGUUCGGAGCAAGUCAAGAGCACGUACAUAGUUCCCGUACCUGCAAGACACAAAACAAUCGUAACAGCAAUGGUAACAAAAGCGAAGUGUGACAUACCAUUUUCCUAUGUUCAGACUGAUACAUUUUACGAUGGAUCAAAGACGACUACUAAAUUUGAUGACGGUGUUUACACUGGUAACGAGACCUAUGACUUUCAGCUCAUGACUAAAUAUGAACCGCUUUGAUCAGGAUGAUCUAUUGGGCAACCCUGUUAGAAUAUAUAACAUAUCUUGAGGCCUUAAUCAUCAGCUUAAGCUUUUGGUUAAAUUUGUUACUUAAAAUGGUAUCAAAGCCAAAGGUGAUGUUGUUUUUUUGGUUCCUUUAUGUUUACUUUUAUCCGUUAUUUCAGUGUUAGAUAAGAAAACAUUAAACAAUAAAUGUUAUGUAAACAUAUCUAGGUUUACUUGCCCUUUUGUAUCAUAUAUACAUGCUCUGAACUAGCGUUCGAUCAUAUAGGGCUUGUGUGAUAAAAGCUCCUUUUCAUAUAGUUAUUGCUUAAUAUACAAAUUCUUAAAUGAGACGGUCUCAUGGUGAGACCAUCUCUAUUAGAGUGCUUCAUGUACGUUUAGUGUGUUAAGGUAAUCACUUAAAAUCUCAAAGUGAUCAAUUAGAGAAAUUGGCUCGUCUCAUGGUGAGACUGUCUCAUAUUAAGACGACUACUUCAAGUUUGUACUUGUGCAUUCUUGUAUAUUCUUGUGUAAUGUACUAACUUAAAUCUUCGUAU